AUGUCCUUCACCAUUGCCCUGACUCGCGUCUCAGGCGUCGCGGCGUCAUCGAUAACCGUCGUGAACAGCUGUGGUAGCUUCAGCCAGGUAUACGGCGUCGACGCCAGGGCCAACACCGUCAUCAACCAGCCGCCCGAUGGCAUCGGUGUUGCGGUCAACAUCUACACUGGCUGCACCGACGACACCGCCACGUCCUGCACUACUGGCGGUGUCAACAACAACAGCGGCGCGUCCCCUUUCAUCCGCGCGGAAGCCACCUUUACGGGAGCGUCAGUUAAUUAUGACAUCUCCCUGCUCCAUGGUUACAACCACGGCAUGCAGAACUCAGCACAUGGUACAAGCCCUCCGGAGCUUAUUCGACACAGCGCUCACACGCCUCUAGGCUUCUAUGGGCUCUAA